AUGACCAUCGACUACUCUCAUCACCACAACGACUGCCGGCUGUCUGAGGCUGCUGCAAAGACCGCCGCUUCUUGCGUCCAGAAUCUCAGUAAUUGGGGUCCCGCCGUGAAAGAAAUUCAGGCGUGGCCCGAAUAUCGGCCUGAGCCACUUAGAGACCUGCCCCAACUCGCUAGAGCGCUGGGUCUUGGCAACAUCUUCAUCAAAGAUGAGAGCAGACGGUUCGGUACUGACAUGGGCUCUUUCAAGGCUCUGGGUGCACCCUUUGCGGUGUAUCGGAUCCUCGCCGACGAGGUACACCGUCAGACCGGCGUUUAUCCGUCGUCGGCCGAGCUUCGUACAAGCAAAUAUCAUCAUAUCACGCAGCAAGUGACUGUCUGUGUGGCGACAGACGGCAACCAAGGGCGAGGACUUGCAUACGGCGCCAAAGUCUUCGGGUGCCGCUGCGUUGACUACAUCCACGGCCAUGUCAGUCCCGGGCGUGCCAGGAUGAUGAUGGAUCUCGGCGCUGUUGUCAUUCGCAUCGAUGGGGAAUACGACGAGUCUGUGAGCCGAGCCAGAGAAGAUGCGCGAAUCAAUGGGUGGCACUUUGUCAGCAGCACGUCUUGGACCGAUUUCGACCACGGCAUUCCUCAGGAUGUCAUGCACGCAUACAUGGUGGUCGUUGAAGAGGCGCUCGAGAUGUUACCAAGCCUUCAGGAUAUAACCCAUGUUGUUGUAUGUGGCGGGGUGGGAAGUAUUGCGGCAGCCAUCUUUUUGGGCUUCUACAAACGCUUCAACCAAAUUGCUGCGUCAAGCAACCCGAACACGUUUCCGCGCUGUAUCGUUAUCGAACCGACCGAGGCAGACUGCCUGCUUCAAAGCGCCAAGGCUGGAGAGUUGCGUCCGAGUAACAGCAGUCUGAGAACAUUGAUGGCCGGGCUCGCAUGUCGAGGCCCAUCUCCCGCUGCGUGGAAGAUUCUUGAAUGGCUUACUAGUGAUUUUAUUGCUGUCCCUGACCGCGUUGCGGUGGAUGGAAUGAUAGCCUUGGCGGAGGGCAAGCAUGGUGACAUUCCUGUCGUUUGUGGAGAGUCAUCAGCCGCGACCAUGGGUGUCCUGCUCAAGGCGGGCUGUAAUGAGGCUUUUCGCGAAAAGCUGAGUCUUGAUGCGCGCAGCCAGUGCGUGAUUUUCGGUCUAGAAGGAGCAACAGAUUCUUCAAUCUACAAGGAUCUCGUCGGCAAGUCGCCUGACGAUGUUUUCAAGGCACAAGAUAGAUUUUUGCAGCUUCAUGAAUAG